AUGCAUUCCGAACCGCUCGGAGACGCAAAAGAAGCGGUGGUUUCUUCACACGACAUCUCCACCAGCCAUCAGCCUAGCCUUCGGUCAGCCGGCAACGAGGACGAGAAGAAAGCAAAUUUGGAGAUCAAUGCUGAUGAAGUUCCUACGUCUGACGAAGGCAGCAUUCGCGAUGAUGAGAACGAGGUGAUUAUCAUCACGGGAGCUGAUGCUGCGAAACAUCUUUUGCCUCUACGGGAUGAUGGUGAUCCAGCUUUGACCUUUCGUGGCAUGUUAUUGGCGACCGGACUUACAGGAUUCCAAGCCACGAUGUAUCAGAUCUACCAGUUCAAACCGACGCUGGUGACCAUUCAGGGGACGUUCCUGGUUCUUAUCGCCUAUUUCGCUGGACAAGCAUACGCGCAUUUCCUUCCUCGCGGCGACAAACUUGAAGCUCGCUGGAGGUUACGAGGCGGGCAGGGUGAAGUCCCUCGCUGGAUUCGAGCCAUCUCUUUCUUUAAUCAUGGAAAGUUUGGACUGAAAGAGCACGCCGUGUGUGUCAUCACUGCCACUGCCGCUUCUAAUGCCGCCCCAAGCUCCCAGGUCUUUGCCGCACAAGACCUAUUCUACAAUGUCCCGUUGUCUCCUACAACAGUCAUAUUGAGUACUCUGUCCAUCGGAUUGUUCGGCUACGGUCUUGCAGGGCUGUUACGUCCAAUCACGGUCUGGCACGUGGAUGCCGUAUAUUGGAGCACUCUCCCGGUUGUAAAGUCUCUCCAGGGACUCCACUGGCAACAGGUGAAGAACUCGAAACCACUUCGGUAUUUUUGGUACGCGUACGCCAGUAUGUGUGUCUGGGAGUGGUUCCCGGCUUACAUGUUUCCGUGGCUCAAUUCGGUGUCUAUUCCUUGUCUGGCUGCUUCCAAAGCUACCGGCAAGAAGGCCUCGAUCUUGACGAACUUGUUUGGUGGGGCGUCCAACAAUGAGGGCUUGGGAUGGUUCAGCUUGUCAUUCGACUGGCAAUAUAUCACUUCAUUUCAGACGUCACUUCCGCUGGUGUUCCAAGUACACCAGGGUGGAGGGCUGAUCAUCUGUGGCUUCAUCAUGUUGGGAAUCUACUACGGUAACGUGUGGGGAGCCAGCUCACUGCCAUUCAUGUCUACAAAACUCCUCACGCAAAACGGCACCGCUUAUCCCAUAUCAAGCGUCUUCACCGAGGGAGUACUCGACAGGGAAGCACUGCUGGAGACGGGAAUUCCCCGCUUAUCAGGAACAUUUGCGUACUCGAUGCUGAUGGCCAAUGUUGCGAUCGGUGCCUUGAUCGCUCAUUGCAUCUUCUUUUGGGGAGGUGACAUCGUCAGGACAUUCAAGAGCGCCAAAAAAGGCGUGUUCAACGAUCUUCAUCACGACCACAUGGACAAGACUUACAAGGAAGUACCGUGGUGGUGGUACGUCUGCUUGCUCAUCUUGAGCUUUGUCUUUGGCCUCWUCGUUGUMGUAAAAGAGAACAUCACGCUACCAUGGUGGGCGUACAUUGUAUCUCUGCUUCUCGGAUCAAUCAUUGCCCCUUUUAGUACCAUCCUUUACUCCCGAUUCGGUAACGGAAUCGCGACGAACAACCUCUCGAAGCUCAUGGCUGGCCUCAUUCUACCCGGACGACCAGUCGGCAAUAUGUAUUUCGCAGCCUGGUCACACAACACCAUUUCGGGCACGGUCCAACUUUCAAACGAUUUGAAGAUGGGCGAGUACCUCAAGAUUCCUGCGCGUAUCAUGUUCCUCACGCAGAUGUACGGCACCGUAGUCGGCGCUUUUGUCAACUAUGCUGUCAUGAUAAGCAUCGUCAAGAGCAAUCGUGACGUCCUAAUCAACACCAAUGGAAACGCCUCAUGGAGUGGCGCAACCAUCCAGUCAUACAACACCAACGCCACAUCCUGGGCACUCGCCGAAUUUCUCUACCGAUCAGGCAAGAUGUACGGCUUGGUCCCAUGGGGUCUCCUGAUUGGAUUUGGUCUUGUUGCCAUCCACCGUGCUCUCUAUUGGCUCAAACCCUCCGUUGGCCGCUUCAACCUUUCCGAUCUCRAUCUCCCCCAGCUCCUUCAGUACAUGGGCUACAUCCCCUACAAUCAAUCGCAGACUUGUAUCCUGCUCAGCUGGAUGAUCGCUGGAUUCUUCGUGCAAUUCUACCUUCGAAACUAUCGUCCUAGGAUCUUCCGGGACUACUCCUAUCUGGUCACGGGUGCUUUUGAUGGUGGCAGUCUUUCCGUGCUGUUCAUCUUAUCUUUUGCCGUGUUUGGGGCGGGGGGUCCUUCGAUACCUUUUCCUUCGUGGUGGGGGAAUAAUGUUAAUGGGUAUUAUGAUCACUGUCCGGUUGGCGAGUAG